AGCGUAGACCGCUGCAGCCCGGUCUCAUCACCGGACAGACUGUUAGAUAGAGAGAGGGAACACCGAGCGGACCGACUGACCGGCACAAUGGAUAUAUUCUGCUGGCUGCAUCUGCCAAACAGGAAGUGUCUACUUCCGUGAUAGAUACCCACCAUGGGGCGAAGAUAAACACUUCCUCUUUUUUUUUUUUUUUUUUUUACCAAUCAGGAGCCUUGAUUUGUUAUAAUCAUGGGAACAUGGCGCGGUCUUCAAGUGGCUUUUCUCCUGGGGUCUUUAUUUAUGAUCCUACUAAUUAUUGUGUACUGGGAUGACGUUGGAGGGUUCAGCCUCCACCCGUUUCAGGAUCUGAAACACGGCUCGCUUCACUCUGGCUGUUGUAGCCCCAUUUUUACAAGGGCUUCACUGUCUGUGUCCACCAUGCAAACACAGACAGGUUCUUCCACCACUGUCCCCACCAUCACUUCCAGCACUACCUUCUUAUCAAAAGGAGCAGCUAAGAAACAUACAGAAGAGGAGCAAAAGAAGGUGAAAUCAAGGAAGUAUGAGGAGAAUAAGAGGACUCAUGUGCUGGUUGACAAAAGUGAACAGGAGGUGAGGAAGCAGAGGAUUAUGAACAUGUGUUCAGGAAGUGACACGGUAGAAUUCCCUGGGAGGACUCGAGCAUUUGAGCAGAUCCCCAACAGGGAACUGGACCACCUGAUAGUGGAUGAUACACACCAGAUUAUCUACUGCUAUGUUCCCAAGGUAGCGUGUACCAACUGGAAAAGAGUCAUGGUCGUUCUGGCUCAGUCUCUGAUCUCGCCAUCCUCAGGAAAACCAUACACCGAUCCAGAGGCUGUACCUCCUGACCUUGUACACAACUCCUCUCUUCACCUCACCUUUGCCAAAUUUUGGCACCAUUAUGGUUCUCUGUCCCGCCACCUGAUGGCACUCAAGCUUCAGCACUAUACCAAGUUUCUGUUUGUACGAGACCCUUUUGUGCGCCUUAUCUCUGCCUUCAGAAACAAGUUUGGGAGGCCGAAUGAGGAUUUCUACAGGCAGUUUGGUUCAGUCAUGCUGCGUCGUUACGGUAAUGUGUCAGGGAGUUUGCCAGAGACGGCUGCUGAGGCGUUUGCAGCAGGAAUCAAACCAACAUUUCAGCAGUUUAUCACAUACCUGCUGGAUCCAGAGACUGAGAAGGAAAGCAUCUUCAAUGAACACUGGCGGCAGGUGUACCGUUUGUGCCAUCCAUGCCAGGUGAAGUAUAACUUCAUUGGGCGAUUAGAAACCCUGGAAACAGAUGCAGAACAACUACUGAAGGAUCUGAAGGUGGAUCAUCUGCUACGCUUCCCUUCAGGAGCUCGAAACCGUACUGCAACCAGCUGGGAAAAGGACUGGUUUGCACAGAUACCCAUUACCAAAAGGAGAGAACUAUACAAGCUGUAUCAACCAGACUUUGAGCUGUUUGGCUACCCCAAACCGGACAGUGUGCUCCACUGAUAAACUACACUGAGCCAAAGGGUAAUUCACUUUGUGAAGUACCCGCAUGUUGCCUACUUGUGCACAUCCAACUCGUGCCUCUGAAGACCAGUCUGUAAUGCUGUUUGUCUCAUUUACUUUGUGCACACCUCAAACAUCAGUUCAAACAAAGUGCCUGCCAAUAUUAUUUAUCAUUUGAUAUCUUAUGUGCAUCAGCUUACCAGUUACAUUGUCUCAGCUUGAUGCCCAUGUAGAGGUACUUUGAAUAGUUUAAUUGUGAAUAGUAGUGUAUUCUGCUAAGUCAUGGGUGAAGCACUGGGGCUAACUGUAAGCUGAUAUCAUUGAAGGGAAUUAUGUUGCAGAAAAAUGAAGGGUUUAAUAAAUCUUUUGACUUUC